AUAUUAGCCACGCAAGCAAAUAAAUAUAGCGAGCUGCUCAGGCUAAGGAAUAGGUUCGGUAAGCAGUCAUAGAUAGACAGAGAAAGAGAAGAACAUCAAGAAGAAUGUAGAACCGCCUUGCGAGUAAGUAAAAUAAACCUUGUAAGUUUGGCUGAUUUUGGUGGAGUUCCUCUCCUUCUCGCCGACCCCAUCAAUAAACGACACGAAAAAGCAUCGUUUACCAGUGGAGAAGCCUUCUUUAUCAGUAGCACACAAAUAACCUUUAUCAGAGUUACGUUCACCAGAGUGCUGCUGAAAAAGUCAGUUUAUCAGCCGUUCGCAAAUUCGUUCGUUUUCGUGGGAGUGAUUUAGCCUAAUUUUGAUAGCCUGCGAGCAAAGCUCUCCGGGCGAUCUUCCUUUUCCCCCUUCGCCGCCAGAGCGCCCCGGAGAGCUUGCUCGCAGCUAGGCUAAAUUUAAAUGUGUAUAGAUAGUUUUUCAGCAGUUUUUAUGGGUGGGAACCAGCGUAAGAAUCGCAAAAAUCAUUAACUGUCACAUACCGUAUUUAUUGGAAUAAGCGCCCAAUCUCGAAUUAGCGCCCACCUCGAAUAAGUGCCCAUCCUAGAAAAAGUUAAUAAGCGCCCAGCCUCGAAAAGGCGCCCACCCCCUCCUCCUCCCAAUCAAACUCAAAUAAGCGCUUACCCCCACCCCACCCACUUGAGUGAAUAAAUUCUAAUAAGAGACUUCCCCGAGGACGGAGUUUUCUACAGAGUAUUUUACAGAAACCUUGCUUUGUUACUUCUUCGCGUUUUGUUAUUAGCAUUUAUUGUUUUGUUGCAAAAUAAACAUACUUCACUUGCUGAAAAUGGUGAAAAUUUAAUAAGCGCUCAGCCUCGAAUAAGCGCCCACCUUGAAUAAGUGCCCACUCUCAAGGUCCAAAAAUUUUAAUAAGCGCCCAGGGCGGUUAAUCGAAUAAAUACGGUAGUAUUCUUGAGCAGGUACAGCCCACAUAUUACCAGGAAAAUCUCUUUUUAUAACUGACAUUAUUUACCUUUUCUUAACAGGGUUAAAACGACUCAUCGUGAAGAUUCAGCUUGGCCUGAUGUUUCGCAGACGAUUUUUGUUUUACGUGGCCUUAAUAUGUUGCCUUUUAUAUGGUUGGGUUUAUUUAACUCGAGACCAAUCAAAGAGUUUGCAAGACACGGCUGAUAAAAAUACCUUGUCAAGUACUGACGAUUCUUCAGACCAGUUAGAAAUAAGUGAUUUAAUUCGGCUUCAACCAGUACAAGGUUUUCAGCUUGCACCUCAUAAUGGUUUGGUGGAGUAUUUGCAACCAGCUUUGUGUGAAGUAGUUCCUGCCAGUUUGAUUCUCUACAACCGUAUAUUCAAAACAGGAAGCGAAACCUUGAGCUAUCACUUUAAACUGGCAGCUGGAAUGACGAAUUACAGAUAUAUUAGACGUAAGUCUUAUGCAAACAAAACUAAGGAAUAAGUACUGGAAGAUAGGGUUUUUGCUCUGGGUGUUAACUUCAUGUAAGCCUGAAUGCAACCUCGUCCCCAGGGCGCUUUUCUCUGGCUUUGGAAAGCCAGGGAAAAGCGCCCUGGUGACGAGGUUGGCCUGAAUGGUUAAAUACUCUCAUAAGAUUAACCAACAUAGCAGUUAUAGCUGGAGGGAUUAGAGAAAUUUAGAAUCAGGAUUAGGACAAACAGUAAACGUCAGAUGCCAAUUGACAAUGAUCAUCAGAUAAAAACGGUCCGAAAUAAUUCUUAUGGAUGAAAAUGGUCUGAAUCUACUAAUUUUUUUGUAAGAAUCUGAUAACCAGUGGACAACGACAGGAAAGGGAAAACUUGAUCACGGGGUACAAAUUCCGUCUUUUUUUGAAACGGAAAUUUUUUUCUUCGAUUUGGCCUACCGUCCACACGUGUAAACGGUCUCCAGAAAAGCAUCUUUUUAUAAACACUCUCCAGAGUGAAGACUUUUGAGAACGCUGGCUUCUCGUUUACGUGUGGACGGACGAAGACGAAAACGGAAGGUUUCGAAUACGAUGAUGUCAUACAUUACUAACAUUACGCAUGCUUUGUGAGGGAUGCUAUCAUAUUCCCAUUGGACGGGCAAAACGAUUCAAAUAUACUACCUGUGGACGUCUAUUUUUUUUCAAACGGAGGAAAACAUCUCCCCCUGAUCCGGAUACGUGUGGACGGGGUCUAAAUCUCUCUUAGCAGGCGAACCGUUCGGUACGCGAAAAUUCCUUGCGGCUUCUCCAUCGCCAAGAAAGUCCGGGCGCAUGUGCGCACUGACGUACAGAAAGAUACGCCCCUGGGAAGGCAGAUUCCAUGCAAAGCAUUGGCAUCGCAGAAGCUUACAUUUCGCUACUCCUGCGCGAUCUGCAUUAGCUGCCAAAAGGCAUCCCUGCUUUCGUUCUUAAGCUAAGAGCAGCUUAAGGUCACGAUAAAACGCGCAACAAAAAUGUGCAACCUCUUUCGAAACGUUGCUGCAAAACAGGUCUUGCAACAAAUCAGAUUGUUAAAAUUUGCGUGAAUACUGACUUCUGACUGGAUACACACCAUACACGGGAAUUACGUCACUUGUUUGCCCUGCGCCGGUAACACGCGCACCUUGUAGAGAUAUGCAAAAAGUGCGACUGCGAGCAGUCUGUCUUUUUCUUCAGAUUUAGUGAGAGCAAUGCACGCGCGCGCGCGCCAUCAGUCGCGCGCGUGGCCAUUUGCGUGUCUCGCGUUUUGCUCGACGGACUACAGAAAAAAGGGAGACUGCUCGUAGUCUUGCAAAAAGUAAAACUACCCUUUACUUUCUGCAACACCUUUUUGCAACCUGAAACAACCUGAUUUGUUGAGAGACCGGUUUGAACGUGGGUGGUAUAACGAGCAACAUCGCUUGUCAACUCGGUUUGCAGCAAUGUUUCAAAAUUAACGAGUUGUACGAGUUGUUUUUGUUGCCCGUUUUAUCGUACCUUAAGCUAUUCACGGCCUUGCGCCUUAAUAUCGAAGUGAUAAUGUGUUAAGUCGUUUUCAUAUCACCUCAGGUAGAACUUGGGAGGGAUAACGAGUUGUACGAGUUGUUUUUGUUGCCCGUUUUAUCGUACCUUAAGCUAUUCACGGCCUUGCGCCUUAAUAUCGAAGUGAUAAUGUGUUAAGUCGUUUUCAUAUCACCUCAGGUAGAACUUGGGAGGGGCUCAGCGCACCUCUCAUUCGGUGAGUUUACGCAACAGGACGGCAGGAAGAAGAGGACGGCAGAACGCUCGUGUGUGACAAACGUGACAAGGUUAUUUCUUACGUGUUUUGUCGUGAUCUUCACUUAACAUCAAUGUUUUCUGGUCUUUUACAAAAAGAUCUGUUUAAACGAAAGUGAAUUUUGGCGAAAAGUUAUUUCAAACAAAAUUAUUGUCACGCUUGUCACACAAGGUUUGCCGUCUUCUUCCCUCUCCCGUGCUGUUGCGUAAGUUCACUAUUUUCUUAAAGAAACGCCUUUGGAAGGUUGAAGGUUAUGUUGACGAAUUUUUACUGCUUGUAUUUUCGUAGAUACUACUGAGGAUUUUUAUGACAAGGGAAUAACAGAGCCAUAUCCAGAGGUUAUUGAAGAGCUAGCGACUAGCAGUCGCCAGCAAAUGUUCUUCAAUUCUCAUUUUUACUUUAGAAAAUAUUUAAAAAUUUCACGAGUACACACUUACAUCAACCAAGUCCGUGAACCAGUGGCUAGGUUCAUAUCUCAUUACGCUUAUAUGCACAAUAAGCGACAUCGACCGCCAGGGCGAGUACAAGAAAUGAUCGACAGUGGGGAAUGGAACGACACCAUCGAACACUGCUUUCACAAGGAAGGUCAGGGAUGUAAACAUAAUGUAAUGACGCGGUUUUUUUGCGGCCCUGAACUCUUCUGCAAAAACAAUCUAACCAAAGCCCUUGAAAAUGCUAAACUUAACAUUGUUAAGCAUUAUGCUAUAGUAGGAUUGCUAGAACAUUUUCAUCUUAGUUUGAAGAUUAUACAAAAGCGUUUUCCCUGUUUUCUGCCGGUGAUUCCUACAGAUCCGAGUUUUAAACUUAACCAAGCAACAAUGAACACAAAGACCUCUGUGAGCGAAGACAUGAUUGAGAAGAUAAAGCGAUCAAACUGGGCCGAUAUUAAAUUGUACGAGUUUGUCAAACAGGUAUUUUGGAACCAAGUGAAAGCGUGCAAAAUACCUGAAGUCCACUAG